AUGUCCGGCCUCCCUCUGCUCUCUCCUUGCAGCCUCUUCGAUAUGGGAGGAGAAUAUUACUGCUACAGCUCGGACAUCACCUGCUCCUUCCCCGCCAACGGCAAAUUCACCGCCGACCAAAGAGCCAUCUACGAAGCCGUGCUCAAGGCGUCCCGCGCCGUCAUGAACGCCGUGAAACCCGGGGUGAGCUGGCCGGAUAUGCACCGCCUGGCCGACCGCGUCCACCUGGAGGAGCUGACCAAGAUCGGCAUCUUGAGGGGCAACGUGGACGACAUGAUCAAGGCGCACAUGGGCGCGGUGUUUAUGCCGCACGGCCUGGGCCACUUCCUGGGCAUUGACGUCCAUGAUGUUGGAGGAUACCCUGAGGGCGUGGACCGCGUUGACCUGCCCGGCCUGAGAAGCCUGCGCACGGCCCGCUGCCUCCAGGAGCGGAUGGUCCUCACCAUCGAGCCCGGCAUCUACUUCAUCGACCACGUCCUGGACCAGGCCUUGGCCAACCCCGCUCAGGCGUGCUUCAUCAACAACGACGUCCUGAGACGCUUCCGAGGGUUUGGCGGUGUGCGCAUCGAAGACGACAUCGCCGUGGCCGCCAACGGCAUGGAGCUCCUGACCUGCGUCCCGCGCACCGUGGAGGAGGUGGAGGCCCUGAUGGCGGAGUCGCCAGGCGAGAGCAAAGUGAUCCUCAGCCAAGGGCUGUGAGUGUGGCGUCUCCAGGGGGCGGGGGGGGGGCGGGGACCCCCCGCAGCCUCCGCCUCCGAUGCGUUUCCUGUGCCUUCCAAUCG